AUGUCUGUGCACCAACCAGCCAAAAAAAUUUUGCUAGAUAGCACUCAUUUUCAUGAUAUUAGAAGUACCAUUAGCUCGAGGCCGGUUGCUUGGGACGCAUUGGUUAGAGCUGCUGAUCUUAGUGAAUUCGAUGCUAGUAUUGCGAAGAAGUUAGAUUCAGUGCUACUUAAACAUGGUGGUAGUAAGUGCUUAGAUGUUCCUAUUGAAAAUUGUGUCCUUGCUUUAGUUCAUUUAUUAUCUACUUCGAGCAAUCAGGAUGCUAGAAAGUCUGUGAUCAAUUUAUUGUCAGAAUUGUUAACGCAUGAUAGGUUUGUUCAUGAAGUUGUGCGGUAUUUCCAAAAGAAUCAGGAGGCAGUCGAAACAUUGUUUAAUGGGACUUUAGCGGAGGAAACAGUAGAUACUCAAUUUAUUUUGAUUUCUUCAUUUAAUGUUGUGUCGUUGUUGGUUCAGAAUGGGCUACAGAAUGAUAACUUGGUUCAGAAACUGCUUUCAAAUGAUAACUAUAUCAGCGUUUUGAGUAAUUUGGAUGAAAUGGAUACAUCUUAUAUAUGUAUUCGGUUGUUACAAGAGUUACUCACAGUAAAACAAUACCGUAAGUUGAUAUGGAUGUAUGAGAAAGCUUUUUUACCUGUUAUGUUCCAAAUUUUAGAACGAGCUCUAGAGGCCAAAUCACCCACACGGGCUAUUGCAGCGAAUAGUAACAAUUUGGGUAUUCAAUCGCAAUAUUAUGCGUUGUUGAUAAUCUGGUUGUUAACAUUUGAACCGACAAUAGCCUCCGAAUUGGCUAAUAAGUACCUGGUCAAGUUUUUGAUGUUGUUGAAGCUUGUUAAAAUAACCAUAAAGGAAAAGAUUACCCGCCUUUCAAUAGCGAUAAUUUUGAAUUGCGUGGCUCCUGAUGUUAAAGGUCGUAAAGAAACCAUUAAGAAUUUAUUACUCUUGGGUUCAGGCCUUCCCAUAUUGCAACAGUUGGGCGAAAGAAAGUACAGUGAUGAAGAAUUACGCGAGGAUUUAACACAGCUACAAGGGAUUCUAACAUCUGAAUAUCAGGAGCUAACAUCAUUCGAUGAAUACGUUGCCGAAUUGGAUUCCAAGUUAUUGAUUUGGUCGCCACCUCAUGUGGAUAACACAUUUUGGUCCGAAAACUCUCAUCGAUUCAAGGAUGAAAAUUGGAAAUUAUUUAGACAACUAUUAGAAGUGUUAGAAGACUAUAGUUCCUCGCAAGAUUCUAAGGAUAAUGUGGCGGUACAAGUUGCGCUGAAUGAUAUCACACACAUUGUGGAAUUGCAGCCGGAAUGCGUUAAUGUGCUAGGUAAACUAAACGCAAAGGUCAUUAUCAUGGAAUUAUUAAACCAUUCAGAUUCCAAAGUAAAAUACGAGGCGUUGAAAACCACACAAGCAUUUGUCGCCAAUACUUUCAAAUAA